UUUUUUUUUUUGCUAUUCAUUGAAUUCCACGGCGAGAUGGACACAAUGUCGAGAAAGAAGAGCAUGCGGCGCACCUAUGACAGUAGCACCGCGCGCCAUGCUGGAUGCAAAGCCAGCGGCAGACGCACAGCAGGCGGAGGUGCCGAAUGUAGUGCUGAGCGAAUUGGUCGCGUCGAAUUUCAAGCCCGAAGACUACUUGAAGCGCACGCUCAAGGCAGUGCCCGAGAAGAGCAUCCGGCAGUUCCGCAAGGCGCUGGAGGACUCGCGCAAGCUGACGGCGCGAAACCUGCAAAAGAACGUGUACCGGAACUACGAGAGCUUUGUGUUUAUCUCCAAGGAGAUCUCAGGAAUGGAGCGCGACAUGCAGCUGCUGCGCGAGCUGCUGUAUAAUAUCAGCCAGGUGGGUGACGAUUUGAUUGAGGAGGAGACAGAGGAAAACCUGGGGCGGCGGCGUACGCUGCGCAUGAGCAUGGCGAACCAGCAGGAUAUGUUCAAGGAGCAGCUGGCCAAGGGCAUUGGCGAGCUCAGCCCGUCGACGCUGGCCGCGCGGCAGAAAAUCGACGUGGUUGUGCUCAACGACAUUCUGCUGCUGGCAGUGCGGCGCAAGCGCGGCAACUACUCGCAGGCAAUUCCGGUGGCCGACCGGGCAUUCAACAUGGCCGAUGUAUCGGUCGAGGACCUGGGCGACUCGCCGCGCAUGGCCAAUCUGGUCAAGCUGGUGAACCGCGCCGAGACACUGAUCUUUGCCUUUGCGCAUAUUGAGUCCAAGAAGGAGUUUGUCAUGCUGAUUGACCACGCCAAAUCCACGCUGUUCUCGCUGGACGCCAUGCCGAUGCCGCCGUCAAAUCAGGGGCGUCCGGGCAGCUGGGCAGCAUUGCCGAGGACGAGGCAGGACAGUGGGAGCGCCGGCGCCAGGGCUCGGUUCGAUGAGAUGCUGGAUGCGCUGGACAUCCAUAUUGCUCGGCGCGAGUUCGACGAGUCGACAGCGCUGGUGCUGAAGCUGAAGCAGCGGCUGGAGGCGGCGGGCAAGGGACCGGAGGCUGUGCGCGAGGCCGUAGAGGCGCAUGUUGCGGAGCUGGCGCGGCUGAUAUUGGCAGAUCUGCUGAUUCCAUGCUCGCCGCGCAAGCAGGUGGCAGGCAACGUCUCCCUGCUGCACCGGCUGGGGUGGGACAAGGAGGCCAAGGAGGCAUUCCUGGCGUCGCGCAGCGCGACCAUCAAGAACCGCACGCGGCAGCUGAAGCUCGAGGGCAACACGCGGCUGUAUAUCCGCGAGCUGGCAGUGGUGUAUUUCCGCCUGAUCCGCAACACCUGCGAGUGGUAUUCAGAAUUCUUCCAGGACCCGACCAUGAUCUCGGCGCUGAUCGCCUGGGUGCGCCAGGAGAUGGCCGGGUAUGCGGCGAUUUUCCGCCGCCACGUGUUCCACGAGACGCAAAAGUUCCAGACCAUCGCGUCGUGCCUCAAACAUACGCUGGUGGAGGUCGAGAUUCUGGGCCACGCCGGGCUGGAUCUGAAGUUCAUGCUGGACCAGGAGUUCUUCCCGGACCUGACCGGCUGCAUCCGCAGUUACGAGACCCGGUGCAUCGCAAUGUUGGGAAAGGCCGUCGCCGAGGACUCGCUGGCCAUUGCCAGCAAGAUCACGGCCGGUACGGAGGAGCUGGCAAAGGUGUUUGGCAAGCAGAUCCCAAUCAUUGCCGCUGUUAGCAAGCUUGACGAGGUGCUGACGGACUUUGGCAACGAGCUACGGUACAUUGUGCGCGACUCGCUGUACGGCCAGUCAGUAGCCAGCGUCACCGCCAUAAUCGAAGGCGUGCUCAAGCACCUCCUGACGGCACUGCGUCGCGGCACCAUCACAUAUGCACAAGAGUUCGCAUUGCUGGUCAGCACACAAGCCAUUGUGAGCUGGGUGAUCCCACGCAUCGGCUACGCAGCUCGACCGGGUGUUUGGGCGCACCGUCACCGACAUCCACAACCUGGAGCAGCGGCUCGAGGCCUUCCCGCUGUCCCUACAGGACGUGUUCUGCCAGAAGCAGUCACUGGCGAUUGCCCGGGCGACCUUUGA